AUGAACAAUCAUAAGACUUAUAUGAGGUAUUAUCUUUAACAAAAAAUAUUGAUUAAUAAUUUCUUAAUGGAGUUCUAGAAUUAUUGAGAAAUUAGAAAAACAUAAAUAGUAUAUAAUUUCUUUAAAAACACUAGGAAGACUAGAAUAACAAUUAAUUCUAUAUGGAAGAGAAAGCUGAUUCAAAGGCGACUUUUAGUUGAUAAUUAAAAUUCUAAAAAUCUUAGUGAAAUCGACUAUCAUAAGAAGAAUUAUUCGGCUGAGAUAUUCGAACAAUAACAUAAGGAUUUAAUUUAAUAAAUUGCUUAUGAUAGGGUUAUUAUUGAAUUUUUAAAAUUUCUUGUACUUUUGACAUCCAUUGAUGAGAGAUUUUUCUAAUGUGGAUCCGACUCAAUUAACUUAUUAGUCAAAAUGAAGGUGAAUUUGAGGGAAUAAACCUUAGAGAAUAUUAGGAUUAGAGAUACUAAUUUGAUUGGUGGAAAUUUCGCAAAGUGCAACUUAAAUGGGUAGGAAUUUCAUAAUGUUGAUAUUAGUGGAAUAAACUUGAAUUAAGCUUAAUUGUUUAAUAGUAUAUGGAAGAAUAUCUAAAUACAUGAACUAUAUAAAUUAGAUGGCCAUAGUUAAAAUAAUAUUCUUCCCUAAAGUGGUAUUUGUUUUUCACUAUUCUUAGCCCCUAUUAUAUUAUCAUUCUAAAAAUGUCCUACAAUCCCAACUUAGAUGCUUAAGGAGCUUUAAUCUUGA